AUGCCAGCCAACAACCGGGUGCACAGCAGUGCUGCCCUACAAACCCACGGUAUAUGGCAGAGUGCAAUUGGAUAUGACCCUUAUGCCCCUAACAAAGAAGACAACAAGAAAUCUGCUGCACAACCUCAAUCCUCUAAUGCAGAGCCUGAAGGUGAAAAUGCUUAUGCUUCCUUCCAGGGUCUACUUGCACUUGCCCGUAUCACAGGGUCCAAUGCUGACGAGGCGCGUGGGUCCUGCAAGAAAUGUGGACGUGUUGGACACCUCACAUUUCAAUGUAGAAACUUCUUGAGCAUCAAAGAAGACAAAGAUAAAGACCCUGAAGCUAUUCAGGCUGCUGUUAUGUCAGGUUUAGAGAAGUUGAAAGGGAAUGGAAAGAGAACUGAGAAUGAUAGUGAUGAUGAAAGUGAUGAAGAGGAGAGUGAGAGUUCGGAUUCUGAUUAUGAUUCAGAGAUUGAAAAAGCUAUUGCUUUGAAAUACGGGAAGAGGGUUGGGAUUAGUAAAUCAAGAAAGAAGAAAGAUGAUGAUGAUGAUGAUUCGGAUGAAGAUGAGUCGGAUUCAAAGGAGAGGAGAAAGAGAGGGAGAUCAAAGAAGAAGAGUGUUAAGAGGAGGAAUAGUGAUAGUGAUGAUGAUGUGAGUGGGAAGAAGAGGAAGAAAGAAAAGAGAAGGAGAAAGGAUGAGUUGUCAGAUGAAGAUGAAGAAGAUGAUGAUGAUGAUAGAGAACGUCGAUCUGAAAAGAGGAAGAGUAGGAGAGAGAAAAGGAGAAGGAGAAGCCAUAGACAUUCAGAUGAUGAUUCAGAUAGUUCUGAAGAAGAGUCGAGUAGGAGACAUAAGAGGAAGAGCAAGAAGAAGAGUAAAAGUAAGAGUAAAAGAGCAGCUUUGUCUUCUGAUUCAGAUGGUAGCAGCUUUGAGGAGGAUUCAAGAGUUGGGAGGGACAAGAAAAGGUCAGAGAAGAGGAGGAGUAGAAAGUGA